UUUGAAUAAAAUUAAAUGCGUGAUGUGGUUUUUAUUGCGAAUGUAGUGAUAAACAAAAAUACAGGUUAUUGUUUCCAGUAAUGUAACUUGUUAAUAAAUAAGGAAAAUGUCUUUUUUCAAGAGUGUAGCAUCUAGUUUUAACAAACACAGUCGUGAUUCUAUUCUCAAGGAAUCACUAGUAAACAAUUUGUCAGACUGUGUCAAAGAUAUACAAUACAAUAGCCAAUUUGAUGAUAACUUUCAUAGUGUUCUUGGAUCAUCGGACUCGACAAAUACGCUAUGUAUGGCCUUGGAAGCUGUAUUCCUUCACGGUUUGAAAGACACAUUUUUAAGAAAAGCCAAAAAUGUGAUAUCCAGUGAUCCGGACUAUCGCCCGCAAUCUAGUUUCUGGCCGCUCGUACUUAUCUUAUCACAUCGCCAGAAUAUUGAUCAAAUAUCUUCACUUCCACAAAUAAACACAGAAAUAGGGCAGUGUAGAGCGUGGCUACGAAUUGCCCUUAAUGAGUGUUUGUUAUCGUCUUACAUGGCUACUCUUCUGAAGAAUAUUUCGGCUGUCAAACCAUUUUAUAACCGAUCAGCAUUUGUGUGUGAUGCAGAGAUAUUAGAGGUGGCUCAGAAACUUGUUCAAGGCCUGGAGUCAUGCGUACAAUUUAAUUUGCCUACAAAUUCAAGUUUAUUAAACCAAUGGCCUGAACAGGUUUUGAUGCAAGCUGGAAUAUGGGUACCUACAAUGAGAGCUGCCCCAAUUAGUGCUGGGCUUGAUGUGGCUAGUACUCUUUCUGAUGAAACUAAAACAAAAUUAUCAUCAACUCCAACACACAGUCCUCACCUCACAGAGUUUGGUAAGAUGUGGGCAUUGAAUGAAGAUGAAGCCUUAAAUUUUAUCCUAUCCAAGGACUCUCUUGAUGUUACUAGUCAAACUGAGAAAUCAGAAGACAUAAAACAGAAUGUGGAUAAAGAAAAAGAGGAUUCACCAAAAGAACAUGCUGCAUCACACUCCGUAGACAUUGAAAUACCAACCACUAGUCAAGAACAAGAAUUUCCGUCAUCUGUUGAGUCAGCAGAUUUUGUAAACACCUUGGAUGUUCUUGUUACUGGUAAUUCUCUCUGUGGUAAGGGAUGGUCAGCAGACAGCAAAGAUGAAUUAAACACAUCUGUUAAUUCUAACUCAUCACAUGGCAGUAGUCUUAUUAAAACUCCAGAAUUAAAGAGUCUGUCAUCACUGGUCGACCAAUCUAGUAAUUUUGGAGAUACACAAGUCAAUACACCAAACUUGAGAGACAUUAUGAAAGACAUUCAUAAAGAAUUAAAAUUAACAAGCGAGGACAGUGAUAUUUGUGAUCUUACAGUUGAAACUGCUCCGCCUGAAGAUCUUGCCAUGCAUGGCUUAGAUUUUGAAAUUGUACCAAACACUUCAACUGGUUCUUUCACAGUGCAAGAACUGCACAAAUUAGUACAACAACUUGGAUCACUUUCUAGGGAGAAAGGUCUUGACCAUCAAAAUUAUCAGUGUAAAGGCUGUCAAGAUUUGUUAGGCAGUAUAGUUUCUAAAGCAAAAGUUUGUGCUUACACUGGUGAAUAUUACUGCUCCAAUUGUAUGGAUCCAAAUGUUUUUAUAAUUCCGGCAAGAGUUAUUCACAAUUGGGACUUUAAGAGAUAUCCAGUAUCAAAAAGGUCAGCUCUGUUCUUAUUGGAAUUUCAACAUAACCCAUGGAUCAACAUGAAGAAAUUAAAUCCAAAAAUAUACUCAGGUGUAUCAGAUAUGGCACAUCUUCAUGAUUUGAGAAUACAACUAAAUUUUUUGAGAAGUUAUAUAUUCACCUGCCGUGAACCUGUAAUUGAGGAGCUACAAAAGAAAGUCUGGCCGAGGGAAUAUUUGUAUGAUCAUGUGCAUUUGUACACAAUAUCUGAUCUUGCUCAGAUACCAAAUGGUUCCUUAGUGUUGCAGCUUGAAAAAGUUGUUAGUUUUGCCAGAUCACAUGUACUAGACUGUUGGCUCUGCAGCCAGAAAGGUUUCAUAUGUGAGGUGUGCCGAGAUCCAAAAAUAUUGUACCCAUUUGAAACAAGCACAACAUAUAGAUGUGAUGAAUGUUCUAGUGUAUUUCAUGCCAAAUGUCUGAAUGCAAGCACACCUUGCCCCAAGUGCAAGAGGAAGCAGGAGCGUACAAAUGAAGCUUUGGUAGAUCCUGUUCACUUUAUUAAAUAGUUUGCUACAUACUGUAGUUGACAUUAAUAUAUCGUGUUUAACAUAACAAUGUGCUUUAUCUAAAAUUGUUAUUCAAAUAAUAUC